UACCCAGUAACUGGUGAGAAAGCAGGUUCAGGGAUGCCAUUGGCUGGCUGACCCACGGCCUGCUCUAAAUCAUUCAUUGGAGAUCUUGUGACUUUGUGGUCCCCGAGUGGACCGGGUCCCAGGGACCGCAGCCCCCUGGCCGCGACUAACAGGAGGUGAAGAAAAGUUCCUUCUCCGCUUUCGGGAAGGUUUGGUCUGGUUGUGCCUGUGCCCAUGGGCGGGUUUAGGGGGAAGACGGACAACCGGAAAAUCAUCAUUUGAGCGUCAGAGGAGAAAAGAAAACGCAGAAGUUAAUUCUAGAAGAAAGGAAAAUCAGCACUUCACUCUGCAAAGAGGAAGGGUAAAGAAGGGCUGCAGUUGUGUUCGCUCACCUUUUCGUUCUGCACACGGUCUUCGAACGGAUCCCAGCGCCCUCCAUUUAGCAAUCCAGUGAGAGCCACAAAAGUCCAAUUUACUGUCCUGGGACCAGCUGAUCCAAUUCUGGCCAUGGUGGGAGAAGACACCAAGUUACACUGCCACCUGUCACCUGAGAAAAACGCUGAGGGCAUGGAGGUGCGGUGGUUCCGGACGCAGUUCUCCCCUGCAGUGUUCGUGUACAAGGGCCAUCGAGAGAGAACGGAGGAGCAGAUGGAGGAGUACAGGGGAAGAACAAUCUUUGUGAGCGAAGCUAUCAGCAAAGGGAGCGUGGGGCUGAUCAUACACAACGUCACAGCCCACGAUAACGGCAUCUACCGCUGUUAUUUCCAAGAAGGCAGAUCCUACGACGAGGCCAUCAUGUACCUGAUAGUGGCAGGCCUGGGUUCUAAGCCCGUUAUUGAAAUGAAGGGCCACGAGGAUGGAGGCCUCCGGCUGGAAUGCACAUCUGUAGGGUGGUACCCAGAGCCCCAUGCCGUGUGGAGGGACCCUUAUGGUGAGAUCAUGCCCCCGCUGGAGGAGGCUUACACUACGAACGCAGAUGGCCUCUUCAUGGUCACCACGGCUGUGAUCAUCAUGGACGAGUCUGUGAGGAACAUGACCUGCUCCGUCAACAACACCCUGCUCAACCAGGAGAAGGAAACUGUGAUUUUCAUUCCAGAAUCCUUUAUUCCCAGCACAUCUCCCUGGAUGGUGGCCCUGACUGUCAUCCUGCCUUCUCUGCUCCUCAUCAUCGCUGGAAGCAUCUGUAUCGUCAAGAAACUCCAAAUGGAAAAAAAGCUUCUGUCCAUGCAAAUAGAGAUUGAAAAUGAAGAGAAAGAAAUUGCACGUAAGGAACUGGGGACAGAACGUGUGGAAAAAGAGAAAGAACGUCAAAUAAAAGAGCAACUUCAUGAAGAACUGCGAUGGAGAAGAAGCCUCUUACAUGCGGCUGAUGUGGUACUGGACCCAGACACCGCUCAUCCCGAGCUCUUCCUGUCAGAGGACCGGAGAAGUGUGAGACGGGGUCCCUCCAGGCAGAGCUUGCCUGACAACCCAGAGAGAUUUGACUGUCAGCCUUGUGUCCUGGGCCUAGAGAACUACACCUCAGGGAGACAUUACUGGGAGGUGGAGGUCGAAAACGUGAUGGUUUGGGCUGUGGGUGUUUGUAGAGACAGUGUUAAGAGGAAAGGGGAAGCCCUACUGGUUCCUCAGAACGGCUUCUGGACCCUGGAGAUGUUUGAGAGCAAGUACCGCGUCCUGUCCUCCCCGAAGAAGAUUCUCCCCCUGAGAGAGCGCCUUCGCCGGGUGGGCAUCUUCCUGGAUUAUGAAGCUGGAGAUGUGUCCUUCUAUAACAUGAGGGACAGGUCGCACAUCUACACGUGUCCCCGUUCGCCCUUCUCUGGGCCCCUGAGGCCCUUCUUCAGGCUGGGGUCUGAUGACAGCCCCCUCUUUAUCUGUCCAGCGUUUACAGGGGCCCAGGGGGUCACAGUGCCUGCAGGCGGCCUGGUCCUUCACAGGGCAGAGACCCACCGCAGCCUCCAGGACCAAUUCCCCGGUCUCAGAGCCAAGUAGAGAGCCCAGGCCACCUCUACUACCACAGCACAGCACCCCCUGGAGGAAAACCACCCUCCUUCCUUCUGGUCACGGAAGAAAAUCUCCUCCAGAGGUCCCCUGGACACCUCCUCAAGCCCCAGCCCCAUCUCUCCCUCAUUAGGCCGUUGCUUUAGUAACUCAUUUGCACGUAACGAUGGGGCAGGGGCCAGUCUCAGGAACACAAGUGCUGCCACAUAGCUCCCAACCAAGAAGUGUGAGAACGUGACAGGCAGAAAACC